AUGUGUCACCAGCUUUCUCUGGCAUUCACUUCCACACAAAAUCGAUUGAGAACAUCACGAGCUUUCCGGAGAAUAGAUCCAACAGCCGAAUCAAGACCUCAUACAAAAACAAUAACAUCCUUAUGUCUGUCACCCGAUGUCAAAGUGUUGACAGUGGGAGACGCCUUGUUAGACUGCAUUGCUAAUGACGAUGCUCGUGGAUUUACUGUCGAAGAAAUGGUCGAGGCCAAAAAAUGGACGGCAUUUCCUGGUGGAGCUCCCGCCAAUGUGGCUACAGCCUGCUGCAAACUCGGUACAAAGGCAGCCUAUAUUGGAUGCCUCGGACAAGAUGAAGAUGGAGAUAAAUUGGAAGCGCUGUUGAAAGAAACUGGAGUGGAUACCUCCUUAGUACAACGAGACGAAAGUAUGCCGACACGGCGAGUCAUGGUGACACGAUCCAUGGAGGGAGAUCGGGAAUUUGGUGGGUUUUACGAAGGGAGAGAUGCCGAUGGUUUUGCCGAUUGCAAUUUGGAUUUGCCACAAGAUGAUGACGACGACGCACCUCUUUUUGCCAACAUCGAUUGGGUUGUCUCAAGUACGCUAAGUCUGGCGUUUCCACAAUCCGGCGCAGCUGUUCGUGAGAUUGUAAGGAAUGCCCUGGAGCAAGGUGCCAGGCUGUAUGUGGAUGUUAAUUGGCGACCCGUCUUUUGGCCCGACACGCCGCAAGGAGUAGCUCGAAGUGAAAUCUGGGAAUUUUGCCAACAAGCCAAGAUUGUCAAGAUGACAGAUGAAGAAGCAGAAUGGUUGAUGCCUGGGGUUACUCCUGAAAUGGCAUUGGCAGAUCCACAAAAAAUUCAUCAACUUUUCUUUCCUGAUGCCUUUGCGUUAUUGGUGACAGCUGGGGAAAAGGGCGCUGCCUAUUCUUUUUUUCUGAAUGAUGGCACGUGUUCGGGUAAGAUUGAGCCCUUCUCAGUACCUGUGGUGGAAACGACGGGGGCUGGGGAUGCCUUUUCAGCUGGGUUUUUGCAUGCUCUAUCCAAAGCCAUGAAAGACAGUCCGGGAUUCUUCUAUUCAUGUAAUGCUCAGAAAAAGAAAGAGAUACAUGAGCUCAUCAAGUUUGCUGCAGCUGUUGGCGCAUUGACGUGUACGAACGAAGGUGCCAUUGCCGCACAACCCACCUACGAACAAGUCCAAGCCUUCUUGAAUAAUCCGAUUGAGGUUGACGCGGAAAUUGUUAACAAAAUAUAG